AGAGCUGGUACCGGCGGUUUCACUGGUGCGACUAUAAGUAGCUUAUUAACUACCCGUAGCCAAAGAAAACGUUAUUAUGGCAAAUGGAUCCGUGCCCGAAAGUCAACAAGACACUUUACCAGAAAUAGUUGCCGCAGUCAAUUUUCUUUCCAGUCUCUUACAGAGUCGACUCAACGAGCAACAAUUGCGGGGCUUCGGGAAAACAUUACGGAAUACUUUAACCGAACACUACAUGCAUCAUUGGUUUCCAGACAAGCCAGCAAAAGGCUCUGGGUAUCGUUGUAUCAGGAUAAACCACAAGAUGGAUCCAGUCAUCAGUAAAGUUGCAUGUCGUAUUAACAUGAGUAACCAGCAUCUGCUUAGUUUGUUGCCCAAAGAGCUCACACUUUGGGUGGAUCCUUUCGAAGUUUCAUACCGAAUUGGAGAGGACGGUUCUAUUUGCGUCUUGUAUGAAGCCUCGGCGCCUUCUGCGAGAGGACAUUUAAACUGUAAAAGUGAGCUGCUGGGGAGCUCUGGCACUCCUUCCCACUACCUAAUGACCGUGCACAGCUAACCUGGGAAUUUUCACCCUAUCUGCUGCUUGAGUACGUGUAAAUACCUUGCUCUGGGAGCCAACUUUUCUAACAAAGAUCUAUUUAUAUUUUUAAAAGCGUUUUUUCAGAAAAAAGUAAAAAUUGUUUAAUUAGCCAUUUUAUGCUUAUUGUAAGAACACUAAUGCAAUAGUACAGACUCGCCAACCCUGCAGUGCACAUGGAAUGCACCUUUUUGGAAUUGUAAUGUACACCAAAGGUACUGUGGAGAACGGUUUCACUUGAACAGUGCUAGUAGUUUCUAGCAGCUUGAUAUUCUAAACUUAUUCUUGUCUACUUUUGAUGUUACUUGGACUUUGGACUUUAUUUUUUUAAUUACUGAGACCUACAGCAAAUAAUUUAGUUUGUUCAUACUUUUAUAGAAGGGGGGUUUCUUUACACUAGGAAAUCAUCAAACACCAAAUUCACAAACAUUUUAAUUCUAGCUUUAGCCAGCUUGUGCCAAUGAUUAUUUUGAAUUUCAGGAAAAUACAGUGCCUGACCGUUUAACACCAUCUUUCAGAGUUUCAAUAGUGACAGCAAAAUCUUGCUAAUAACACCAAAAAAAACUUACUUCAUCAAAUUGUCAUACUUUAUUCUGUAAGGUUUGAGGUGCCUUGAACAAUUUGAAGGUAAAGUUUACAAAAAAAAAACUAGAGAGAGGCUUGAAUAUUUGUUUAUUGUACUACAAUUUUACUCCAGUAAUUCUUACCCAAAAUUUUACUUCAGCCCACUGUUGUGAAUUACCCCCUUGGUGCAGAGCAACAUGGCUUUAGAGAUGAGUUUCUUGUCUCUUAAGUGCUGUUCCAAAGAGUUAAAUAAGAACAUUUUUAGAUCAAGCAUUUUAACCCUGGUCUAGUUUUCAGAACUAUUUGGCUCUGCCUUGAAUUGCCACAUUGAAUUUUCCAACUCGUAAAUAUGAGCCAGCAGCGUAAUAGGGCCAGGCCACCCCCCACCCCGCAAACAAUAUCUUUUAGGGGCCCAGCAUCCACCCACCAGCCUGUGUUCACAGCUGCUCUAACCGAAUAGGUAAGAGAUCUGCUGGGGAGGAGGGACUUCUUACAGCUAUAGAGGGAGCUGACCCUGCAGUCUGGUCCCUCUGUCCCCCAGGCCGCUGGGUGUGCUUCAUCUAUAGUUACGCCACUGAUACUACCUGUUGAAACAGAUCAGCAUUGUACUGAUGUUGUUAUGCUGCAGCUGGAAUCCUAAAAUCUCACAAUUGCUGCAUGUCCACACUGCACCAGAGAUGUUACUAAGGCAUCAACUUUGGAGUAUGUACAAGCACACAACUUGUUUGAGUAGUGUGUUUUUUAGAUCCUAAAUUGUUGCAAUUUGUUAUAAGACGCAUAAUAGUAAAGCUAAUAUAUAAACUAUUAAUGUAUGGGAUUGUUGGGCUGGGAGUGAGACCUGUUAAUUUGUAAUAAAACUCUUGGUUUAAA